AUGACGGGAAGUGGAAGUAUGGAAAUUAUAAAGUAUAGAAUUCAAGAGAAACACCCAGGAACUGUCAUAUACAAUGUGAACAGGUUUGAAAGUUGGUCGAGCUUAGAAAAUAUGUGGCAUCAAGUACUUGAAAUUGGUCAAGACAUAGCUAACAUUUCAUCCCAACAUCCAGAAGGUAUAAAUGUAAUAGGAUACUCUCAAGGUGGUUUGGUUGCGCGAGGCAUUAUACAGACUUUCUCAAAUAUAUCUGUUGAUACUUUUAUUUCCUUAAGUUCUCCCCAAGCUGGUCAAUAUGGAGCUGGAUUUCUUCAUGUGGUGUUUCCUGGACUGGUUAAAGAGACGGCAUACGAACUUUUCUACUCUCGCGUGGGACAACACACUUCAGUAGGCAAUUAUUGGAAGGAUCCAUAUCACCAAAAACUGUAUGAAACCUACAGUGUAUUUCUGCCUUACCUCAAUAAUCAUAUUAAGUCAAACAAAUCGGCCGAUUUCAAAGCCAAUAUAUUGAAACUUAAGAGGCUAGUACUUAUUGGUGGUCCAGAUGAUCAAGUUAUAACGCCAUGGCAAAGCAGUCAGUUUGGUUAUUACAGUAUAAAUGAAACUGUUAUUGAAAUGAAAUCUCAAGAUAUUUAUUUAGAAGACACAAUUGGGCUUCGAACAUUAGACGAGAGCGGCCGUCUUCAUAUUGUCACUGUACCGGGAGUCAACCACUUCAACUGGCACAUGAACGUUAGCAUUGUAGAUGAUUGUUUAUUACCUUACUUAGAUUAA